CCAAUAGCGCAAGACAAUGAAGGACAAAACUUGCAAUGGCCAUCUUGUAGAAACAGUACAAUAGCUUUUGUAUUUGUAAUCUUUGUUCCUCAGAAUCCGUGUCUUUGAACAUUUGAACAUGAUGUUUGUUCUUGUUGUGAGCCUUGUUGUUUUGCAAGGCUUUGUGAUACCAACCUGCUAUUGUGAGAACAAUAAUCCUCAGAAUAUUGAAACAUUUUAUCCAAUCCAAACUUCAGAACCACCCCUCCCAAUCCAACCUUCUCAGCCACAGGCAUCACCACCAUCAUCUGCAACAAAAGCCUCUUCAUCAAACAGUAAGGUGGGAACAGCAGUGGCUGCCACUGCAGCAAGCACUCUUGUUGUUUCUGGUUUGGUUUUCUUCUUGGUUAGAAGGUGCUUCAGAACAAGGAAGAGAAAGGAGGCAACAAAGAACACUGCUUCUGCUGUAGAAAGGCAUCAUGUUGCACCUCAGGUGGAGGUGUUUCAGAGAAUGGAAGGAAACGUGAAGGGACUGAUCGUUGAUGAGGAUGGUUUGGAUGUGGUUUAUUGGAGAAAACUUGAAGGUAAGAAGAUACCACAAAAGGAUUUCCAAAGGGAGGUGUUGGAUGGUCACAAAGGUAAAGAAGAUGAUGAUCAUGAGGGAAAUCCAGGGAAGAGAAAUGAAUCCAUUCAAGAAACUCCUCUUCUUAGAGACAAAUCUUCAACUUCUCACAUGAACAUAUUUCUUCCAGAAGAGUCCUACACAAUCAUGAGAAUUCCACCUCCUGCUCCUCCUCCCACUGUUCCUUCAUCACUUGGAGGCUCUCCUACACAACCAUCUUCUCCUUCCUUUACCCCUUCAUCACCAAAACCAAUCUCCACUUUUUUCUCAUCAAUUCCAAACAUUACAAAUUCUGCAACACCAUUGGCCCCUCCAAAAGUACCUGAUAAAAAUAAUGAAGCUCCAAUACCAGCACCAGCACCUCCUCCUCCUCCUCCAAUUCCAAAAAACAUGAACUCUGCUGUAGCAGCUCCUCCUCCUCCACCUCCUCCUCCAAUCCCUCCUAGAAAGAGUCCAGCACCACCACCUCCUCCGCCAAAGGCAAAUGGUUUGAAGUCUUCAUCAAAACCGCCACCGAAUCCUAUUGAAAGAACAACAGGUACCACAAGUAAGCAAGGAGAAACUUCUCCAGAGGUGAAACUUAAGCCAUUACAUUGGGAUAAGGUGAAUACCAACCUUGAUCACUCUAUGGUGUGGGACAAAAUGGACCGUGGUUCUUUCAGGGUUGAUGAUGAUCUUAUGGAAGCUCUCUUCGGGGUAGUCGCCACCAACCGGAAUGAUAAUGCCCCCAAAGAAAAUAACUCAACGAGUUCUAGCAAGGAUGCUUUGGCUCCAUCCUCAAAUGCCUUCCUUCUUGACCCAAGAAAAUCACAAAACAUUGCAAUUGUUUUGAAAUCUCUGACAGUUUCUCGUAAAGAGAUUAUCGAAGCACUCAUUGAUGGUCAAGGCCUUAAUAUAGAAACCAUUGAAAAGCUUGGUAGAGUAGCCCCAACAGAAGAAGAGCAAUCACUUGUACUUGCCUAUGAAGGAGACCCUUCAAAACUUGCUGAAGCCGAAACUUUCCUACGUCACAUCCUCAAAGCUGUUCCUUCAGCUUUUAAGCGAUUGAAUGCCUUGCUAUUCAGGUUGAAUUAUGACUCCGAGAUUCUAGAAAUCAAGGAGUUUCUGCAGAACCUUGAGAUGGGGUGCAAGGAGCUUCGAAACCACGGAAUCUUUGUGAAACUUCUUGAAGCAGUGCUUAAGGCUGGAAAUCGCAUGAAUGCAGGAACUCAGAGGGGUAAUGCUCAAGCUUUCAACAUGGCUUCUCUAAGAAAGCUCUCCGAUGUCAAGAGCACUGAUGGAAAAACCACAUUGCUUCACUUUGUGGUUGAAGAAGUUGUUCGUUCUGAAGGAAAACGUGCUGUUCUCAACCGCAGCCACAGUUUGAGUCGUAGUAGCAGCAGGAACAGUAACUACAGUGAUGACUCUCAAAACUCUUCUGCUUCAAAUGAACAAAGACAGAAGGAAUACAUAACACUAGGAUUGCCAGUUGUGGGAGGGAUCAGUUCUGAGUUUUCCAACGUGAAGAAAGCUGCCGUUACAGAUUACAACGCUUUUGUUGGUUCAAUCUCAGCACUCUCGGCCAGGAUUGUUCAGAUUAGAGAACUUGUUUCCCAGUGUGGAAAUGACAAGGGAGGGAACUUUGUGAGAGAAAUGAACCGUUUUCUUGAAAAUGCUGAGGAAGAAUUGAGAUUAGUGAGGGAAGAGCAAACAAGGGUGAUGCAAAUUGUGAAAAAAACAACAGAUUAUUAUCAAGGAGGAGCUUCAAAAGAUAGUGCAGAACACCCUCUUUAUCUAUUCGUCAUAGUUAAAGAUUUUCUGGGAAUGGUUGAUCAAGCAUGCAUUGAGAUUGCUCGUAACAUGCAGAAGAGGAAGACGCCUAAGGUAAAUUAAGUCUAACACUGUAAUAGUCUGCACAGGAACCAGCACAAAGGACUUUGGAGGUUUAACAUUGCAUGUCAUCGAAAUCUAGGAUUUGCGAACACAUGCAACCUGAUCUUUGGGACCAUUUACAUAAUGGAGCUGAAGUGCUAAAACCCAGUUCAAAAUGAUAACAUCACUCCCAGUUUGUGGCGGAGGAUCUUGUGUUGCAAAGUGCUAACCAAUGGAGGUUUGAAAAUACUAUGAGGGCAUUGUUAGAGCCAGUUUGUCUGUCAAAUUCAGAAGCUAAAACAUUCUUGUAGUGUUAACAAUUUUCCAAAUUUUAACCGUGUCACUUGUACAGAGAACUAUUGUUCUUGAGCAUUUUAAGUCUCAUGUAUAUACACAGAUCUUGGAUUCUUUUUGUUAUCAUCCAGAAGUUCAUAACGUGCUCCGUUUCUUCUCA